UCAAAUGAUUGAAUCCCGAGUUUUCACAACCUCACAGAGCUGAACUCCUUUUUCGCUCUCAUGGCAGAAAAACUCACCUAUCUCUGCUUUUUUCUUCUACUCUUAUAUCGUGUAAAGCCUCAAGACGAUGCUAGGCCCUUGUUAGACGAGUUCAGCGGCGGGUUCAGUGCCGCAGGCAACAACAUGAGCUUAGACGGCGUUGCAGGGGUUGACAACAAUGGCGUACUUCGGGUAACAGACUUCUCGGCCAAUUCACUCGGCCACGGGUUUUAUUCAAACCCAAUCCAAUUCAAGAACUCCAGCGGCGAAGUCAUGUCCUUCUCCACCUCAUUCGCUUUCGCUAUAAUCCCGCAGCCUGGGAUACAAGGCGGCGACGGUAUGGCUUUCGCAAUAUCUCCCGUGAAAGGGAUUCCUGGGGGUGAUUCAGGCUCUUAUAUUGGCCUCUUCAACGCCACCAACAAUGGGAACUCCUCGAACCACAUAUUAGCGGUCGAAUUCGACACUUUCAAUAACGUUCAGUACGGUGAACCCGAUGGCAACCAUAUUGCAAUCGACAUCAAUAGCAUCUCAUCGACCAAAUCUACUCCGGUCAUGCAAUUUAAGGGUAAUGAUACGAACGGUAUCCCCCUUAAUUUGACGAGUGGUCAGGUAAUUCAGGCAUGGAUCGAUUAUAAUUCGCCAACAAAUCAAUUAGAUAUCAGGCUUUCGACGGACUCUGCUAAACCCACUUCUGUACUUUUGUCCUCUAAAGUGAACCUCUCAGAAAUUCUUAAUGAAUCCAUGUACAUCGGGUUUUCUGCUGCUACCGGUUUAGCAGCGAGCUCGCAUUGUAUCCUGGGUUGGAGCUUCAACGUGAAUGGAGACGCUAAAUCUCUCAAUUUAGCUCAACUUCCUAAGCUCCAGCUCCCCACUACUGCCAGUACUGGGACCAAAAAGAAUCGUAGAGGCCUAAUUGUUGGCGUCUCUGUUUCAUGUGCUUUGGCUGUGAUUUUGCUUACUGCUUCGUCGUUUUACGUCGUCAGGAGGAAAAAGAUGGCUGAUGUGGUUGAGGACUGGGAGCAUGAUAUUGUUCCACAUAGACUUCCUUACGAGGAGCUGAAUAAAGCAACAAGGGGUUUCAAAGAGAAAGAGCUAAUUGGAUCUGGUGGAUUCGGUCGAGUUUACAAAGGAAUUCUGCCAAACUCAGGCACCCAAGUUGCUGUCAAGCGUAUUUCCCAACAUUCAAAACAAGGUUUGCAAGAAUUCGUGUCGGAGGUUGCUAGUAUUGGCCGUCUUCGUCAUAGAAAUUUGGUUCAAUUGGUGGGCUGGUGUCGUCGGCAAAGUGAUCUACUACUUGUGUAUGAUUUCAUGCCGAAUGGAAGCUUGGACAAGUACCUAUUUGAUGAGCAGCCUAAGACAAUCCUGAGCUGGGAGCAAAGGUUCAGGAUCAUCAAAGGUGUGGCUUCUGGGCUUUUAUAUUUACACGAGGAGUGGGAACAAGUUGUAGUUCACAGAGACAUCAAGGCCGGAAAUGUGUUAUUGGAUUCUGAGUUUAAUGCAAGGCUGAGCGAUUUCGGUCUUGCGAAGCUAUACGAGCACGGCUCCAAUCCAAGCACCACCAGGGUGGUGGGGACGCUGGGGUAUAUGGCACCUGAGCUCACUCGCACAAGCAAGCCGACGACCAGGUCGGACGUCUUUGCCUUCGGCGCUUUGUUGCUGGAAGUGGUAUGCGGUAGAAGACCCAUUAAUCCUACAGCAUCGUCUGAGGAGCUGAUUCUGCUGGUGGACUGUGUUUGGGAGAAUUGGACGGUAGGAGCAGUGCUUGAUGUAGUAGACCCAAGGAUGGAGGGAAAGUUUGAUGAGGAUGAGGCUCUUUUGGUCCUCAAACUGGGCUUGAUUUGUUCAAAUUAUGAGGCCGAGGCACGCCCGACGAUGAGGCUGGUGGUGAGGUAUUUGGAGGGCGAGCUGGCGCUGCAGGAGGAGGUGGUGGUUCCCAAUAAGAGAAAAGGUGAUGGUGUUGGUCUUACUGUAGAGUUUGAGGACUAUUCGCAGUCCAUUCCGACUACGUCGUCCGUGUAUGACGUUUAUGGUAGGUCGGCCGUAGGCCGAUAGUUGAAAGCUCCACCCUUUUUAUCUUUAUUUAAAAAACUGUUCUUUAAACUCAAUAACUCUCACUUUUCUAUUUCGAAUC